AUGGACAGAAAUCAAGUAGCAAUAGAGCUAUUCCGUGUUUGGAAGGAAAAUAAAUGCAGUGGAAGCUAUUAUAACGAAUUGCCUGAUGAGAUUCAGAAUAUAGAAAAUCCUUUGCUCCGAAGAGUGUAUGUUCUUUUCUACUGUGCUCUUGCAAGGAGGCGAUCCAUAAAGAGCAGAAUGGAGCCGAUCAGGCAGUUGGAAAAUAUCAAACCAAAAACAACUAGAAAGCUUGUAACAAACAACUGGACAGGCCCAGUAGAUCGGUUGAAUCCUGUUGAGAUAGCAAGAGCAUCUUCUAUAGAGAUAAAGUCAUGUCUAAAGAACAAAAUAACUCUUAAGGCUGCGCAAAACAUUAAGAAUCUGGCUGUCUACAUCGUGGAGUACAAUGAAAUACCCACAACAGUGCUUAGUCUUCUAGGUUUCAGCCUCAUAAAUACUUUCAAAGCCAACAUGAUAAUGUAUAAUGCAUGGAAUGACGCAAAUGAGAUUGGCCUUUCAAUACCAAUGAGCCGGGUUCUCUAUCGCUUAGGGUGGCUUGAGGGGAUUGAAGUUAAACACAUUGAUACACUCUAUCGAUAUGUAAAAUUAGACUAUGUAAAAGCAGCUCGCAUCAAGAGUAUAGUAGAAGGGCUAUUCUCGUUCAAGCUCUGGAGAAUAGUAAUGCCAGGCUUUGACCACCAUGGGGUUACUAUAUGUAAGAGAGAGCCUCUCUGCGGCCAGUGCAUAUUUAAGGAACAAUGUCCCUCUAAUAGAGAAACCAAUGAAAUAGCUACCUAUUUAGACGAGCUGCAAAGCCAAGGAUAUUUCCCAGAGGAAAAGACCCCAUAUAAAAAUGAGCAUAAACCGCAAAUAGAAGAAAAGCAGCUCCUGUCAUACAGUGAGCCAGAAGAAGAGGACAUGUCAGAUAUUUAG